AGUAUAGUCAGGAUUGUCCAAUGAGAACGUCGUAUGGUAAGAAGUGCAUUGCGCUCUUUGCGGCGAAAACGUGAGGUCGGUGGGAAGCUUGUGAACAUUAGUGAAGUUACAAGUGGAAGGGGAUAAACUUAAAAAUGGAUGGGAGAAAAGGUGAUGGUAAAGGUAAGGCUGAGCUGAUUAUGGCAGCUGAUAGACCUGAAGGGUUUCCCCCUAUUGAGAGCAUUCUCCCCAAGGCGGUGAAGAGGAGGGUGCACGCCCUGAAGAGGCUGCAGCUCCAGAGUGCUCACAUCGAGGCCAAGUUCUACGAGGAAGUCCACGAGCUGGAGAGAAAGUACGCCGCCCUCUACCAGCCUCUGUUCGACAAGAGACGAAGUGUGGUGUCCGGAGCAGUGGAACCCACUGAUGAAGAGUGUGAAUGGCACAGUGACAGAGAGGAAGAUGAAGAUCUCACUGAGGGACUCAAGAAGAAGGCUGUGCUGGAGGAGAAGAGUGAGGCUGGAGACGCCCCUAAGGGCAUCCCAGAGUUCUGGCUCACCAUCUUCCGGAAUGUUCCCAUGCUCGGCGAGAUGAUGCAGGAACACGAUGAACCUAUCCUGAAGCAUUUGCAGGACAUCACUGUGAAGUUUUCUGAACCUGGACAGCCAAUGAGCUUCACCCUGGAGUUCCACUUUGAGCCCAAUAGUUAUUUCAGCAACACAGUCCUCACCAAGCUGUACAAGAUGAAAGCUGAGCCGGAUGAGGCGGACCCCUUCUCCUUCGAGGGCACUGAGAUAGUGGACUGCGAAGGAUGCCAGAUCAGCUGGCAGAAAGGCAAAGACGUGACGAUGAAGAUCAUGAAGAAGAAGCAGAAGCACAAGGGCAGAGGCACGGUGCGCACCGUCACCAAGCAGAUCCCCCAGGACUCCUUCUUCAACUUCUUCAGCCCCGUGAAGGCAACUCCGGGAGACGGUGAAGUGGAUGAGGAGUUGGACUUGACCCUCGCUGCAGAUUUUGAAGUGGGCCAUUUCUUCCGUGAGCGAGUAGUCCCAAGAGCAGUGCUGUACUUCACUGGCGAAGCCAUGGAAGAGGAGAUGAGCAUGGACGAAGAGGAGUAUGAGGAAGGUGAUGAGGAGCAAGAUGAAGAAGGUGAUGAAGAGGACGACGAUGACUAUGAGCCCAAGACAGACGAGCCCCCGCCUGCUGAGUGCAAGCAGCAGUAAGGUGGGGAUUGGACCGGUGAGCUGUCCAUCAAACUGGCCCCCCUCCCCCUGAUCCAGCAGGAUAUUGUACUUCCACAGGAGGAGCGCCCUACCAACUGCCCUAAAAUCAAAUGUAACAGCAGAACACUGUUCAGAAAUAUGUAUUUGUGACUUUGUGUCAAUAUUUAUGUUAAUUGGUUGUUGUUUUCUGUCUUUAUAUGAUGUGCUUUUGUACAAAAGCUGACCUUGUAUUCAAGCCCACCAUCCAUAGAUUGCGCUACAGCUGUCUUGUCAUGAAGAGCCGAUGUGCCACUGGGAUUUACAGUCAAAUGACCACUUUAAUGUUUAGGGAUGGGAAAACCGUCCAGUGAAAUCCCUCCAUUUCACACAUGUCUCUCUCAGGGUCUUUUACAGCAGUUCUGACAGAACUGACCCCAAAGAUGGCUCCAGAUUUGCCAGUGUCUCCCAUUCUGUGUCUGUGCCACAGUGUCUAUUUAAAGAAACUAGUUUUUUGAGUUGUUUCCUCUGUCAGUGCUGGUGGCCAUCAGGUGGCUAAAGUAUGCCAUGAAAAGACAAGUCCGCUAGUGUUGCCUUGCCAAUUUGUAUCUUUUAAAUAACAAAGAUAGGUUGGAGUGGUUUUCAAAUUGUACUGUAUUUGUAUGUUUUCUUGUUUGCUUUUUUUGUAGUAUUUUUUUUUUAUUCAUUUAUUGUAGAUGUGUCAGAGUUGUGAGAAGUUUUGACACGUUUGAGGGCAACAUUUAUUUCAGCCAAGAUGUGCCAUCUGGGCACAUCGGUGCCGUCGUCGUCAACAUCACCACUAUGAUGUUUUGACUUCAUCCUGCACUGGAGAGCAUUGCGGAGAUGAGACCCCGUGACCACCUGUGUCUGUCCAACAUUCAGAAAUAAUACGCUGCAGUAGGAGACCCGGAGAUCACCUCAUGAUGCACUUUGACCGGUGGUGAAUUCACUCAAGUGCACGCCUGCCUAAAACGCACAGAGACUUGGGGGCAGUAGAUCUGGCUCGUGGAGGCAAGUGGUUGGGCAGAUCUCUUUAUACCGUGACAAGCUCGUUUAUGUCCAUAAACUAGCAAUGGCCUUAGUCGUUUAUUCUCAGAUUUGUUAUGCAAUGUUAUUUUUUUUAGUUUAUACAGACUAGUCAUACAACUAUAUUCAAUAAAGUUUAAAUUUGUGCAAAACGUG